GGGCCUGCCCGGCGGGGCGGGGCCGGUGCUGUUUCCGUUGCCUGCAGCCGGCAGAAAGCAGCCGCCGGGAGCGUCCCCCGCCCGCGUCCCUGCCGGUUCUCCGCGCCGCCGCCCCGCGCCCCGCCGCUCUCCCGGAGCUUCGGACCUGGUCCUGCAUCACCCACCUUCUCCUGAGCUGCGCGGUCGCCAUGGCACAGGUUCUCAGAGGCACCGUGACUGACUUCCCUGGAUUUGAUGAGCGGGCUGAUGCGGAAACUCUUCGGAAGGCCAUGAAAGGCCUGGGCACCGAUGAGGAGACCAUCCUGACUCUGUUGACAUCCCGCAGUAACGCCCAGCGCCAGGAGAUCGCGGAGGCUUUUAAAACUCUGUUUGGCAGGGACCUUCUGGAUGACCUGAAAUCAGAACUGACUGGAAAAUUUGAAAAAUUAAUUGUGGCUCUGAUGAAACCCUCCCAGCUUUACGAUGCCUAUGAACUGAAGCAUGCACUUAAGGGAGCUGGGACAGAUGAAAAAGUCCUGACAGAAAUCAUUGCUUCAAGGACACCUAAAGAACUGAGAGCCAUAAAACAAGUUUACGAAGAAGAGUAUGGCUCGAGCCUGGAAGACGAUGUGGUGGGGGAUACUUCAGGGUACUACCAGAGGAUGUUGGUGGUCCUGCUUCAGGCUAAUAGAGACCCUGAUGCUAGAAUUGAUGAAGCACAGGUUGAACAAGAUGCUCAGGCUUUGUUUCAGGCUGGAGAACUUAAAUGGGGAACUGAUGAAGAAAAGUUUAUUACCAUCUUUGGAACACGAAGUGUGUCUCAUUUGAGAAGGGUGUUUGACAAAUACAUGACUAUAUCAGGAUUUCAAAUUGAAGAAACCAUUGACCGAGAGACUUCUGGUAAUUUGGAACAACUGCUCCUUGCUGUUGUGAAAUCCAUUCGCAGUAUACCUGCCUACCUUGCAGAAACUCUCUACUAUGCUAUGAAGGGAGCUGGGACAGAUGAUCAUACCCUCAUCCGAGUUGUGGUUUCCAGAAGUGAGAUUGAUCUGUUUAACAUUAGGAAGGAGUUCAGGAAGAAUUUUGCCACCUCUCUUUAUUCCAUGAUUAAGGGGGACACAUCUGGGGACUAUAAGAAAGCCCUUCUGCUGCUCUGUGGAGGAGAAGAUGACUGAUGUGCCGCCGGGGAGAGACCCUGCAGCUUGCCUGCCACCGUCACUGCUGCCUUCCUUCAGCACGUCUCACCGCACUUCUUGUGCACCAGUGCUUGGCACGUUGCCUUAUUCACGCUAGCAUGCUAUGACCAAAACAUAUAUGUUGCAGAAGAAAAUAGUGGUGCUCCUUUCCGAUCUUCAUUUAAGAUUCUUCUCUUUGACUGUUGUAGUACUGAAGUGUACUUAUGUUACUAAGACUGAAGUCUGGAUCAUUUAUCUUUUCUCUUAAGAGAUCAGACUGCUUUCAGCCAUUUUUAAAAACUUCAUUUAUAUUAAAUUGAUAACCGUAUUACCUUAAUUGGAACCUUAGCCUUGAAAUUGUGAACUCCUGGAAGUGUUAUUAAUGAAGUUUGCUACCAAAUGAAACCUGAAAAAUUAUGAUGGUUGCAUUCAAAAGAUUAAUAAAUAAUAAACAUUUCCUUCUUCCUGAA